AUGAGGGAAAAUAAGAAAGAAGAAGAAGAAGAAGAAGUUAUACCAUCAGUAAAGGCAACUGAAGAGAAAAAAAAGGCUAAAGUAGUGAUUAAGCUACCUUACCCUCAGAGAGUGACAAAGAAGGAUCCAAAAGAGAAAGACUUUGAGAAAUUCAUCACAAUGUUCAAAAAUUUGGAGGUCAAUAUGCCUUUCUUUGAAGCACUUGAGAAAAUGCCCAUGUACCAAAAAUUCAUGAAAGAGGUAAUCUCUAGAAUGAGACCAAUAAGAGAUUGGUCGGUAACCGUUAAUGAAAAAUGUAGUGCUAUAUCACCGAGUAGGAGAAUCCCAAUCAAGUAUAAGGAUCCUGGAUCUGUCACAGUCCCAUGCACUAUAAAAGACAGAAUUUCCAAGAAGGUAAUUAUUGAUUCAGGAGCUAGUGUGAGCCUGAUGCCAUUGUCAAUCUAUCGAAAGCUUGGUAUUGGAAAAGUCAGCGAUACAGGGACAAAUUUGAAAUUUGUAGAUCACUUCAUAAAGAAUGAAUAUGGGAUAUCGGAAGACGUACUGGUGACAAUAGAGGAAUUUAGAUUUCCUAUUGAUUUUGUGAUCAUGGAUAUACCUGAAGAUGAAGAGACACCUAUCAUUCUGGGUCGACCAUUCAUACAGACAAGUCGAUGCGAUUUCAACAUAGAACAUGGUACAUUGACUUAA